GGAGGUAUAAAGAGGGAGGGAGUAAUAUAAGAGAGGCAGCCAUAGAGGGAGAGGUGACAGAGUAGAUUAUUCUCCUCUCCUCUCCUGUCCUCCUCUCCUCCAGCCUCAUCAUGUUCGUACUGCAGAUGUUGACUGUUAUUUCUCUGACUGUUAUUCUUCUGGCAUCUGUGGAAGGCAAAGGGGUGCAGAUGCAGAGGGACGUCCAGUGCUGUAUGUUGUACUCACAGGGCAAGGUGCGCACCAAAGAUGUGCUGCGGUUUGAGGUGCAGACGGAGGGGCCCGACUGCAGUAUACAAGCCAUCAUUCUUUACACCAAGAAGGCAGUGAAGUGUGCAGACCCCAGAGACCGGAAGGUGAAGAGGUUACUGAGGAAGCUCCUGCAGAGACAGAGAACCAAGGCCCAGAGAACCAUGUGGCUCCUUCCUCAUGACAACCUGCCCGUCAUGUCCGAGGACAAGAAAGAUAACUGGGCAGCUCUCAAUGUGGAAUGAGGGAGCACCGUCCAACAGGCAGGAAUACUCAUAGUCAUAGGCCAAGUAAACUUUCAGCGGCUUGUCAUCUUAACACGGCGGAGCUUGCUGACUCUCCAGUCGUCUUGUGUCUCUCUCUAUCUACCCUACCUGUCUCUGUGCGACCAGACCUGGGCAGCAAUACAUAUUUAAAAGGCUUCAGAUAUUUAAACAUGGAGCAUGCUUGAAAUAUCCCCAAACACAUGGCAUGAGCAGCCUCACAAGAGGAGUAUUACUUGUAAGAUAAGUCAAACCGAGUGUUCCCAAUGCGAUGUUUUCAGCGGUUUGAAACGGCUCCAACUACUGUUUGCCCAGGUCUGCCUGGACCUUUCUCCUCCUACAACAACUACUACUUCUACUACUAGUGGCUGAUCUGUUUCAUGUAGUGCCAGCAACCCAAAGCAAGCCAGCAAGGGUCUUGUUUCUCAAAACGAUCUUAUUAAAGUCAACAUAAGCGCAAAAGCUGUGCUUGAUAGAAAGGUAAAUUCAUGUGAAAAUUAGCAUUUUCCAGUGAUAUUAAUAUUGUAUAUCAGUAAGAUAUAUGCUUUUUCGUGACUUGUAUACCUUCAGUAAUGUGUAACGACACCAUGCACAGUAUAGUCGAUUGGGUUUUGUCACAGUGCACCGAGUGUGUAAAAUAUCGGGAACACCUUUCGAAUGUUGUUUUGCACAUUCCAUGCUCCGGUUGUCUCGAGGUUGAGAAUUCUCCUAUAACUCGCAUCCUCUUCAUUUACACCCCUCCCUCAUGAUUUCGAGUGUUGAACAGGUGAAAUCAAUAUGGGAUUGUACAGCGGAUUUCACCUGGAUUCACCUGCUCUGGAAAGGGUUCCUGAUAUUUUGAUCACUCUGAAUAUUGACUGUUAGUACACUGAAACUCUGUAUGAAACCCAAGCCAGUCUUCGUAAAUGAGGCCCUCAGGCAUCUAUCAGAGGUUUUAAUAAUAAUAUUAGCAGUUGAAUUUUAUCUUUUACACGACAGUCUGUUACUAAACUAUGCCAAAGUAUUCGUGAUAAAACUCACCACCUGUCAAGGCUGUUAAAACUUGAGGGCUCAGUUGUGUUUGAAACACCAAUGUAUUGUAGAAGAAUGCACUGUAUGUUAAAAACACAGUAUCUCAAGUGAACUAUUUUA